CACUCCAUUGCGUCUACCAUUGGCUGCCAUCUAUAUAUCCCACAAUGCACAAUUUUAGAACUUCCUUUUUCCUUUCGGCCAUUUUCCGCCCCAGACGGGAAGUAGGCAACCAUGGCACCCAGCCGGAAUGGCAUGCUUUUGAACCCACACUUCCACAAAGACUGGCAGACGAGGGUGCGCACCUGGUUCAACCAGCCCGCAAGGAAGACUCGCAGGCGGAAGGCCCGUCAAAUCAAGGCUCGUCGUAUUGCUCCACGUCCUGUGGCUGGUCCCCUCAGGCCUCAAGUCAGGUGUCCCACCAUCAGGUAUCACACCAAGGUGCGUGCCGGACGUGGCUUCACCCUGGAGGAGCUCAAGGCCGCCGGAAUCCACAAGAAGACAGCCCGCACCAUUGGCAUCUCGGUUGACACCCGCCGUCGCAACAGGUCAUCGGAGUCCCUGCAGGCCAAUGUACAGCGCCUGAAAGAGUACCGCUCCAAACUCAUCCUCUUCCCCAGGAAGGCCUCCGCACCCAAGAAGGGAGACAGCACUGAGGAGGAAAUCAAGAUGGCCACGCAGCUCUCUGGUGCUGUCAUGCCCAUCAAGAAUGUGCACAAGAAGGAGAAGGCCAGGGUGAUUUCUGAGGAUGAGAAGAACUUCAAGGCUUUCGCCAGCCUGCGUAUGGCCCGUGCCAAUGCUCGUCUCUUCGGCAUCCGUGCCAAGAGGGCAAAGGAGGCAGAAGCGGAGAGUAUUGACAAGAAGAAAUAAACCGUUAGUUUCUAUGGAACUUUCCAAAAUAAAAACGUGUAUAAUUCCA